AUUUAUAAUUAUGGAAACUAUAGAGGAAGAUACUUGGGUAUGUUUAGAAGAUAAUAGAAAUGAAUCCAAAAUUGUUAAAGUUCAUGAGAAAAAGUAUUUAUACAAUAUAAAUAUUAGAAUGGUAGCUUGGAGAAAACAUAAAUUUGAUGUUGGUGUACUUCUUCACAAAUAAUAUAAUACAUUUUGGAAAGUAGAUAAGACAAAUGCAGUUAUAGAAAUAACUUCAGAUUAAUUUUAUGAUAAUACUGAUUUGGAUAAUUAAAUUGAUGAUGCAAAAAUUGAAAUCACUAAAACAAAUAAAGAACUUUUUGAUUUUAAUGAUUCUCAAAAGUUAACUUAAGAAGAAAUUCUUUCACUUAAAUAACAAAAAGAAGGAGAGGAAAUUGUUGACGAAGUAAUUCAAAAUAGUUUGACUUUUGAAAAAAAAACUGAAUUUUCAAAAGCAAAAUAUAUUAAAAGAAAGAAGGAAAAAUAUAUUUGUUGUUUUAUGGUUUUAAAAACAACAAUAGAGAAUGUACAUAAGACUUAAUUUUUAGAGUCACCCUAAAAACUUAAGUAAAAAUAUUAAUUAUAAAAUAGUUUUAUGAGAAUAGACAGCUUGGCAUUAUUUAUGUAAUUGUCAAGUAUUUCUUAAAAUUCAAACAUUCUCAUUUUUGACAAUGCAAAUGUAAAUUUACUGUUUUAUUAUUUAGGGUGUGGCAGUUUCUGCUGUAGCUGAAAGAUUGGAUGGAGAAGGUUCAAUUUCAACUGUUUUUUGGAAUCAUACUAAAGCAAAUCUUAAAGAUUAUUGGCCAAUUUAAUAAAUGAACUUUAAUGAGAAUAUACUUAAAAGCAUAAAAUUAAUAAAAAAUUUGGAGGAAAUAGAGAAAACCCAAAAUAAAUAUACUCAGUAAUAUUCUAAAAAAUAAUAUAGUCUUUUGAUAGCUGGAGAAUUCAAAUUUACAGAAAUAAUUGAAAAAUAUUUGAAUUUAAUAGCAGUAGGAGGUAUAAUAGUUGUAUUCAGUACAUAUUUGGAGAAAUUACAUGAAGUGUCAGAAUAAUUGUUAUCAACAAAUAGUUGUAGCAAAAUAGAAGUUUUGGAUAGUUUUCUAAGAUAUUAUUAAGUUUUGGAAAAUCGAACUCAUCCAAAAGUUGAAAUGAAUGCAUUUGGAGGUUAUUUAUUACAGACAUACAAAUUAAAAUGAGUACA